AUGGGUGGGGACUGCCAUCAGAUGGGACACGCAGGUGAACAAGAUGGUGGUCCCUUCCAGGAAGAGAUGCUCUUAGUUUCAGGAGAGAGCAUAGUGGUAUUUGGCAUGGGUGGUGCAGGUCGGUGUCUGGCACAAGUGCAGCGUGUUAUAUCAGUACAAAAGCUUGCGGCUAUUCCGGUGGUUCUGAGCAGAAAGAUCUGGCGUGUCGAGACACAGCCCCAGUUUUCGUUGAUUCUCGAAUACGACUCAUAUCAGCACAGCAAGGCGUCUAAGGAUGUCUGCUUGGAUUUUGGGCAUCUCGAUCAGGAGCACAAAAUCCAGGACGGGCCGAUAUUUGUGUCACACACUGCAUCUGGCCGUCCCGAGGUCGCGUUUGGAACCAUAGAGCUGGUAUUGUAUUCAAUGCCCAUCCACCAAUGUGGCCUGCGCACAUACGACGAACUCGAUAUUGCGUUCACACAGAGCGUCCUAGUGUGGGCGCCAAAGUUUUGUGAUACUGCUGCACAGCAAGGCAAUAUUAAGCUACCACACUAUCGGAUUUGGACGCGCACUUUUCCGAGUCGCUGA